AAAAAAACGGGAUUGAGAAUUCAGUUUCUGGGUUAUUUACAGCUAGAUCUCUCACGGAGAUGCAGAUAGCUUGGUAAGGCGUUGAAAGGAUGAUAUAGAAACUAACAAUCUGCAGGCAGUAUCGGAGAACCGCACAUCUGAAUACUACACAUCGUCGACGCCAGGCUUUCUAUGCACUACCGUCCGCUCACUGGCAGAUGCUGGCAGAACCACCCUUCUCCAUUCUGGAUAACUUCAAUCGCGUGGACGACGCCAUCGACACGAACGCUGAGAUUGUCGACGCCAUCCUGGCGACAGGACUCUCGUCGUUCGGUCUACCCGCGAACCCUGACCCAGCAGACCCUCGUCAGAACUGGCAUGGAGUCGCCACCUCUUCCGACGUCAACAAAGCACACUCUACAAUCCGUCAGUUCUACCGAGACUGGAGCGCCGAAGGCCAGCCCGAGCGGGACGUAUCCUAUGUUCCUGUUCUGCAAACCCUCAAGACCGAGUUCGCCCAGAGACGAGACCUCGGAGAGGAGAUCAAAGUUCUCGUCCCUGGAGCAGGGCUGGGGAGAUUGGUGUUCGAAAUCUGCCGCGCAGGAUUCGCCGCAGAGGGUAAUGAAAUAUCCUACCACCAGUUGCUGGCGAGUAGCUGGGUUCUGAAUCACACACGCGGUCCCCAGCACCACGAGUUAUAUCCGUUUGCGCUGCACUUUUCCAAUUUACUCUCGAGAGAGCAGCAGCUGCGCAAAGUCAUGAUCCCCGAUGUGCACCCUGGGGCUACUAUGCUCGAAGCUCAGGCGAACUCUACCAUGCCUUUUGGCUCGAUGAGCAUGUCCGCUGCCGAUUUUGUGGUCCUCUACAGCAACCCUUCCAACCGGGAGGUCUUCGAUGCAGUCACUACCGUCUUCUUUAUCGACACGGCCCCCAAUCUCAUCCGCUACAUCGAGACGAUUCGGCACUGUCUGAAACCGCGCGGUCUCUGGAUCAACAAUGGGCCUUUACUGUGGCAUUUCGAGGACACCCAGCGUAGCCACAGCGGCAGUGAUCCCGCAUCGCACCAGGGGAUUGGAGAGCCCGGUAGCGUGGAACUGACCGAAGAGGAAGUCUUUUGUCUCGUGGAACGGAUGGGAUUCAGCAUUGAACAGCGCCAGUGCGUAGAGGAGAGAGCCGAGUGCGGUUAUAUCCAAGACUCGGAGAGCAUGCUGCGACCUCUUUACCGACCCUCGCACUGGGUGGCACGCAAGAAGCCAGAACAAAAAUGACCAAGCUGUAUUUGGACUCAAAAAAGACCCAAAACAAGAAAGAACAAUAAGUCAAAUAAUAGAAGUAGAUAGCUUGGGAUGGAGUCUGCCUUGUGGGAUUGAGGGUAUUAAAUACAAGCAUCCAGUGGUAACGGUAUGUACAGUACAAGACAUACCUAGAUCGGCGAUACAAACACAUACUUCAGCCGCAGCAGACCAACAAAGAAAAACUGUCUGGGUUUGCAGGGCUUAGCAGAAUAGAAAUAGCCAUAGGGGACUGUUAACGCCACACCCUGUAUCGAUCCAACCACACCCCUUCCCGAUCAUGCCACACCCCCUGACCUAAUAAUGCCAC